GUCUGUCUUUCUUGCUCCAUCUUGCCAAAGCGGGCGGCACCUCACUCUUCUGACGCCUGUCAUUGGAUAAUUAGCUCUAGCUAAUUAUAUAUUCAUAUCGCAUGGACCAAUCGCGAUAUCCCUUGACUUCUCUCCUCACGAGAAUGCCCGUCUUGAUUACCGGUACAUUGUCAAUACGCCAAUAUAGGUGCCGGUGUUUGUCGCGCUUCUCACUUGUAACAUCAUCGCCAUGAAUCAAGUUUUAACGAAUUGAGGUCUCCGCCGUGCAAGACAUACUUUCAACUAGAUAAAUCGACAUAAAUAUUGACAAAUCUCUCUAUCUUUAUUUCCAUUUCUUCAGAUUUCAUUCUUUUCUUUGCGACAUCCGAGUUGGUAUCAUACGUUUAUUCCUUAUCACUUGCUGAAUGGGUUUUUCGCAUUACCAUUAUCAGGAGAUUCGUUACUGUCUCGAUUCGUAUUUAAUUUAGGGGGCCUAUAUGCUUUCUGAACGUCUGUCUACAUCUUGUAUAUUUGCCAGACUUGACUUUUUAUUUAAUAUCAACGUCUAUGAAAGUAUUUCGGGGUACUUCUUACCUAUAAAAAUGGAAAGUCAUUCUACACCGUUUAUCGACGUCAUGAAUGGAACAGUGCUUCCUGAACAUGUCACUUCAACCGACAUCAGUGAUUACGGUGCCAACGUCGGCUGGGUUCUACCGGCUUACAUCAUCAUCAUGACCAAUGUCUCUAUCGCCGUCCAAAUCACUCUCCUCAUCGUGAUAUUUUUCGGAAAUUCCCUGGUCGUGAUCCUCGUCGCCAAGAACGAACAGCUGUGGACGAUGUCGAACUUUUUCGUAGUCAGUCUCGCGUUCGCCGACGUUCUCGUCUCGUUGUCGAUGAUCCCAGGGGUGUACCUAACCCUCCACCCUACCUUUGCGAAUGGAGUGUACACGUGUCUGCUGGUGUGGUGCCCUAUCAUAUUUUCAACAAGUAUAUCGUGCCUUUCACUGACCAUGAUCACACUCGAUCGCUACAUCAAGGUCGCACACCCCUACGUCUACCGCUCCAUCGGCACAGAGCGCGGUGCCCUCAUCGCUAUCGUCAGCGUGUGGAUAUACAGCAUCCUCAUCGCCAUGGUGCUGCCGUUCGCCGGCAUCCAUUCCCUCAUCCCCGGGCAAGUAUUCUGCUUCGAGUUCGGUGCCGUCUUCGAUGUCAUCCACCUCCAUUUCUUCCUCAUCGCCAACGGUAUCAUCCCCUUUAUCAUCAUGAUCGUCCUCUACUUUCACCUCUUCAUCAUAGUCCUGCAGAAGAUUAAGUCCGAUCGUCGCAUCAUGCCUCAGGUGGGCAAUCAGCAAGCGAAUCGACCACGCUCUGAGCUCAAGUCGAUCAAAACCCUCGUCAUCAUCCUCGGGUUUACUUGCAUCGCGUGGAUCCCAAGCAACGCGCUCGUGUUCAUUGAUCUCUACACGCCUCAGUACGCGCCCGGUCUCGUUCCCCGCACCGUCCUGAGCUGGCUCACAUACCUCAACAGCGCGGUCAACCCAUUCAUCUACGCGCUGCGCAGUGAAACAUUCCGCGUCGCCGCGAAGAGAGCGUUCUCGAUUACGACCGAGACUUCGCUCGUCUGGUGGAUAAACAGCAUGCGAGGGAAUCCUUCGAGAGUGCACCCUCAGCCCGGAAACAACACGGCGCAGAGUAACGGGAGAGAAGACAUCCGCGAUGGGUCUGGUAGCGGCGAUGAGACAAGCGGCUUCCCGUCAUCAAUGGCAGUUGAAUUACCCGAUAACAGCAAUCGAUUAGAUAUCUUACCUUGAUGAUAUCUUACCAUCAUAUAAUAGGCCUACUGGCCUAACGCCAGGGGCGGCAGAACGUAUUUUCGUUUUUUUUUUUUUUGGGGGGGGGGGCAAAAAAGAA